AUGUCUGCAACAACAACAAAGAAUAAUAAUACCUACAAAUGCCAAUCGAUGGAUGAAUUUAUAUCUAAAACCGAAGCACUUUUUAAUCAAUUUCCAAAUGAUACACGAUAUGUUAUGAAAUUUAGUAAUAAGAAAGGAAAAAUGAGCUUAAAAACCACUAAUGACACCUAUGUUGUAAAAUAUUGUACAGAUCAAGCUUCCGAUUUGCAACAUCUUGAGAAAUUAAACAAUUUUGUAAUGACAGUGACGACAUCAAAGAGUAAGUUAUUGGAAAAUUAUUGA